AUGGAUCAAUGUCAGCUGUACUCUCUCUCUCUCUCUCUCACUUUCUCUCUCUCUCUCUCUCUCUCUCUCUUAGGGAAACAUGCCCGGUGUGGAAUUGGCAGGCUGCAGAUGAAGCUGGCGUCGCCUCCCCACGAGCGUUUCUCGUCUCUCCUCAACGAAGUGCGCCACUCCAGCGAUGCAGAGAGACCGCCAGACGAUCCGAUUCCUUUUAUAUUUGUUUUUCUUCCUUUCUUUCAAUUCGAAUGGACUUCAGAACAACGUCUGUCGAUUAUUGGUGUUUUAUUCAUUCAUUUAUUUAUUUAUUUAUUCAUCAAUUUUUAUUCAUUUUUACCAGUUUUUUUAUGCUUGACAGACCGAAAAAUAUUAUUCUACAUUAUAGGAAUAUUUUUCUUUUUUCUUCUACCAAAGAAUUUAAUAUUCUUCAUAGCUUUUUACGGCUUUUUCUUUUAUUCUCAUAUUUUUCUUUCUUUCUUUUUUUCAUUUUUCCUCUUUUUUAAUUCAUUUUAUUAUUCUUCUUUCCUUCUUCUUUUCCUUUUUUCUUUCAUUACCAGUAAUGGAUUCCUAUAUUUUCUUUCUUUUUAUGUUACUUUCAUUCCUUCGUUGUUUUUGUUUUUUUUUCUAUUUUUUUUAUUGAUACCUCCCUUAUUUCGAAUGUCCUUUUUUUCUUUUCUCAGUUUUUCUUCUUAUUUUUCCUAUACUUAUAUUUUUCACUUUCUUUCUUCCACUCUUAAGAUUUUUUCUUUUAUUAAUCUUUUUGUUCUCUCUCUCUUUCUUUCUUUUAACCUUUCAAGAUUUUUUUUAGUAAUUACAUUAAAAUGUUUCUUUUUUUCUUUCAUGUUUUCAUUUAUUCCUCCAUCCUUUCGUUCGUUUAUUCUUUCUUUCCAUUUUAAUCUCCCACUUUCAAUUAUUGCUGUAUCAUUUUUUUUAUUUAUUUCUUCUUUCUUUCUUUCUUUCUUUCUUUCUUUCUUUCUUUGCUGA